AUGUCGGAACACAUGGUCGACGUCGCCAUGCAUGCUCUCGCGAGGCACGCGUGUAGCACCAAGCGACUGGAGCCCGUCGCACCUCGCUUCCGCAUCCAAGGAUUCGACGAAGAGCUCCUUUGGCCCUUGCCGCCGCACCAAGUGGCGGCACUCCGUGCUCUUUUUCCAGGCACCUCGAGCGUGAUUCCGCAGCACAAGAUCAUUGACCUCGACGACGAGCUCGCAUACCGCUCCGAGUACAAGGCCGUCCGCUGUGGCAUCAACCCGUGGCACAAUGCGACUCAUUUUAUCGACUCGCUCACGAUCGACACGGUCGGCGACGCGGCAUCGUGGACGCAAGUGCAGGAAGACGCCAUGGCCUUUGGUACCACGGUACACGUGCUUCCGUCGGAUGCUGUCGGUGGCGCCGUCACCGUCUCGUACGACGACCGAUCGUCGACGUGGGAGUCGGUCGAUGACUGCGUACUUGGCUUUUGGAACGCUUGCUCGGUGCAUGUGGCGCCCAUUACGUCGGGUGUCCGCGCAAUGCUUGUCUUCCGCAUGCGUCGAGAGGACGACGAGAACAGCAGUGACAGCGACAGCGAUCGCGGCCGCUACAGCGAUGUGGAGCGUUGUGCUUUUGAUGACGACAGCGACUACGGCGACGUCGCCUCCAACGCCGAGACGUCCGCGGCCACGGACCCGGAAUGUAUCGCAACGCACGCGCAGAUGCUCGAUGCCGUGGCCGCUGUGGCCGACUACACGCGCAUCGCUGUCGGCAUGCGCGUGUACCACCGAGGCGCACUCUCGUCAAUGGACGACCUCUCGGACAACAUCGGCGACGCGAUCACAUUUCUAGUAUCCACCAACGUCCUCGACGUCGCGGUCUUUUCGUCGGGAUCCUCCGACGCAGUGCUCUUCGACCCUCGGUGCCACGUACCAGCGUCGGUCGUCGCGGCCUGCACCCGCGACAGCCUGCAGAACUUUUUGGCCCGCGACGACGCCCUUGUGAAUGACGCCACCAUGAUCGAUGUGGUGUUUUGGCCCAAGACGCACCGCGUGUACUUUCUCGGGUUCGAAGCCGCGACCUCGCUUCUGUCGUCGUACGUCGCCGGAGGCAGCACCGACUUGCUCGGGUUCAAGACACUGCGCGAGAUGGCGUCGGCGACGAUCAGCAUGCUCGGCGAGGAGUUGUGUCCACAGCUCCACGUGCCAUUCGACACGUGGGCGUCGCUCGGCGCGUGCCUCCUAGAGUAUGGAGAUAUGGAUCUGGCCAUGGACUUGCUCUCGAAAACGACCGAGUCUCGCUUCUGGGCCACGCCCGCGAUCGUCUGCGAUUGGUUCCGUGCGCUCGUGACGCGCUACGGGUGGCAUGUGGUACUUCCGCCCUAUCUGAACCUCAUCGAGCGCGCGUGCCGCAGCACCGACGCCAUGCACAUGCACUUGAUGGCGAGUCUCGUCGAGGACAACAAGCUCUGCGUGCAACAGCGCCACGCGACCGAGCUACUCGACGCCGUACUUUGUUUGCUUUUGAAGCGCCAGCGCUCGGCUGGACAACUUUCGCACAUCGACCGCUUUGUGAACGACGCACUGCGCGUGUCCUUGUGCUUGGUCGACGAGUCCACGGACCCGCUCGUCGGUGGGAUCGUGGCGACGCGCCUUCCGCCCCCAAUUUUGGCGCUUGUCGAGAGCUUUUUGCCGCCGCGGUGGACACUCGUGCGUGCGUUGACGUGCGACACCCGGCUGCAGAGUUCUCUUCCAGCGGCUCUCUUGCUGCUCCGGCCGUCGGGCCUCGCGCUGCAGCCGUACAUCGACCUUGCCAUCCACCUGUACGAAGUGUCGACUGGCGGCGUCGAUUAUGAUGGGUAUGUAGCGCUGCUGCAGCUCACACAUGGGACUUCGAGUUUUGACGUUAUCUUUGACAAAGCGCUGACGGAGGGCAUGCGCCCUCAUUUUUGGUCGGACCUUCUUGCGACGCCAGGUCUGCAGCUCGCCCCGCCGCAGACGGCGCGGCUCGUGGCGGCGACCAUGCACCGGUUUCGCGGCACCAACUUUGCAGAAAUCCCCGAUAGAGACGACCUGUCGGGUAUCACCAGUGCGGCACAAGACGGUGCCCGGCUCUUUGCUGCAUUGGAUGACGCGCCGGGACUGGCGCGGCUGCUCGAGUACGCGUACGCACUGGAAGCCGCCCACGAAGCCCCCAUCACGUUCAUCAUGGACUUUUUUGUGCCGUUGCACGACACGUGCGUCGAGAGCCAACGCCUCGAGGUCGCGGCAGCGCUUGCCGCGCACGGCUUGCCGCGAUUGAGUGAGCGCCUCGCCGACCUGGCGGCAUCGAAAGGGACAACGAGACGUCAACGGUGGAAUUGGUGUCGGCGCCACUGUGAUCAUAUCGGGCAUUUCGCUGAGGGAGAGCACCCGUCCACGUUCGAGCUCGACGCGUCCCGCUACUGCACCAAGAAAGCCAUAAAAAAGAGCUAUGUCCCGCUACGGCGGUAUCCCGAACACAUUCGCGAUGUUUGCAUCGAGGCCUACAGCGAGAAUGCGGACGUGUACACGCUCAUCAACCACCCAUACGAGCUCGUGCAGAAGAUGCAAGACGCUGCCAACCGCCUCCAAGCGAGUCUCGACGCCGGUCGCCAAGGGUCCGCCAAGCGAAUGCCGCUGGAUGCUGGCUCGUCGCCCAAGUGCGAAUAAUGCGUCGAGUUAUUAGCUUGCAUUGACCCUUCCAGCAUAACAACACUCAUCAAGUUGCAGAUGUC